CCUCACAGCCGUGUAGUGCCAGCCCUGGGACUGGGGCACACGAGUUUUUGGGGUUCAAAACCCCCCACGUGUAAAGAUGAAGUGUGAAAAGUUUAUUUGGAUAGUGUUAAUAGCAAUAACUUUUUUGGGGACAACGUCAGAAGCGCGACUGAGAAGGAAAUCCAAAAGGAUGAACGUACAAGCCGAUGAUCCUGAAGCUGAAGUUCAAAACCAGGAAGGGUCUUACACUUAUGAAGAUUAUGAAAAGGAAUUCGACUAUACUGACGAUUAUGAUGAAAAUGGAACAAAUUCAACACCAAGAACUCCAGUGACAACACCCCAACCACUAAACGAGAGACCAGUGGACGUAGAGGAGAGCACACAGAUCUUCGUCCAACCAGAUGACGAACAACCAACUCCACAGCCUACCAGUAGUAUAGAUGUUCAUGUAUUUCCUCCAACUACUCAACGUCCCUUGAAUUGUAGACAUGAUGGGAGGUUGUAUCAUGAUAAACAGAAAUGGUUAGUGGGCGAGUGUACGAACUGCACCUGCAUUAGGGGAAAGGUUGAAUGUAACACGGAUGAUGAAUGUUUAGCAAAGUUGAGGCCAACAAGAGAACCUCAUAUUGGUGGAGGAGGAGAAUUUUUACCACUACCAGGUCCACAAGGACAACAAGGAUAUCCGGGCGAAACAGGGAGGACUGGAGAAUCUGGGUCACCGGGAACACCUGGGUAUCCUGGAGUGCCAGGACCGCCAGGUCCUCCAGGUCCUCCCCCAGACUUGUCGCAAUAUUAUCAGCAAUUGGCACUAUCACAAGCUAGCAACGACAAAGGUCCAACUUAUCCAGAACCGUUUCAAUAUCUACAGGCAGCAGUAGGACCAGUUGGUUCCAGAGGGCCACCAGGUCCACCCGGACCAGCAGGGCCUCAAGGCUUUCAAGGUACCAGAGGUGAAACUGGAGAACCUGGACAACCUGGACCACCAGGAUCUCCUGGAUUAAGAGGGCCACCGGGUCCCCCCGGAAAAGACGGGGAAAGAGGAGAAGAUGGCGAAGCAGGUGCAUCGGGUCCCGCGGGUCCUCCGGGAUCUAGGGGAUUACCGGGAAUGCCGGGGCUACCUGGAUCUAAAGGUCAUAGAGGUUUCUCAGGUUUGGAUGGCGCUAAAGGUGAACAAGGCUCACUUGGAGAGAAAGGACAACAAGGUGUCCCAGGACUAAUGGGACCAAUUGGCUUGAUGGGGCCAGUAGGACCUAGAGGGGAACGAGGACGAGAAGGACCACCUGGACCGCCUGGUUUAAGGGGGAUUGAUGGCAUUGCUGGACCACCAGGUUUCCCUGGAUCCAUCGGGAAGCCAGGUUCACCAGGUUUUCCAGGAAACCCUGGUGCCAAAGGUGAUCAAGGAUCACAAGGCUCAAAAGGAAGUCAAGGCCUACAAGGACCUAUGGGGGAAGCUGGUCGCCCAGGACAACCCGGAGAAUCAGGUCCACCAGGACCUGGUGGUAAAGACGGAUAUCCUGGUGAGAAAGGAAGCAUUGGAGCACCAGGUCUCAUAGGACCCCCUGGAUUUCCUGGAGCUAGAGGGCCCCCAGGAUUGACCGGAAGUUCAGGGCAACCAGGUGCCAAAGGAGCUCAAGGGUUACCUGGAGAACAUGGCUAUAAAGGGGAGACAGGAAUGAAGGGAGAAACUGGAGCUCCAGGACCAAGAGGUCUUCCUGGUUUGGAGGGAGUAGAAGGUAAACGAGGGAAAAGAGGUAUGAGAGGACCUACUGGACCUCCAGGGUCUUCCGGAGAACGUGGUAUACCAGGUGCUAGAGGAUUACCAGGCCCAGAUGGAGCGCCAGGAGCUAAAGGUCAAACUGGGGAAAGAGGAUUUAUAGGCCCUGUAGGACCCAAAGGAGCUACAGGAGAACCAGGUAGGCCUGGACAAACAGGUUUGCAGGGAUUGAGAGGUUUAGCAGGUCGACCUGGACCACCAGGCAAAUCUGGAUCACCCGGCGAAAGAGGUCUACCUGGGCAAGAUGGAAAACCAGGAGAACCAGGAGCGCAAGGCAUUCAAGGCUUACCAGGGCCAUUGGGACCUCCAGGGGAUAAAGGAUUAACUGGUGAACAAGGUAAAGACGGUGAGCCGGGGCCUCCAGGCCCACACGGUCCUAGAGGUGAUGCAGGAAAAGAUGGACAACCAGGACCACAGGGUCCACCCGGCCCGCCAGGCAUUGAUGGAGAAAGAGGUGCACCGGGUGUUGCUGGACCGAGAGGAUUUCAAGGACUUCCUGGAGCAACAGGAAAUCCUGGUACUCCAGGUAAGGAUGGAGAACAAGGAAUACAAGGGCCUCCAGGGACUCCAGGUAAUCAAGGAAAUAGAGGAGAAAGAGGGUUUCCUGGAGAAAGAGGGCCAAUAGGUCAACCUGGUCUUCCUGGCCCAAAAGGAAUCGCCGGUACGCAAGGGGUUGACGGUCCACCAGGUUCACAAGGCCCAAGAGGUUUAAAAGGCCACCCUGGACUUCCAGGUUUAGUUGGAUUACCGGGUCUUAGAGGACAACCGGGACUUCAAGGAGAAAAAGGAGAACGUGGGUCAUUUGGGCCAACAGGUCCUGAGGGCCCCCCAGGUCGUCAAGGCGAACGAGGUCCGCUUGGUCCCAUGGGCCCACCUGGACCACCAGGUGAAACCGCUGCUCCAGGUGAACCUGGUCUUCCAGGUUUGCCAGGGGAAUCCGGUGCUCCAGGUAGUCCAGGAGAAAGAGGGGCUUUAGGACCUCAAGGUGUACAAGGAUUUCCUGGACCACAAGGCCUUAUAGGAUUACCAGGUCUCAAGGGAGAAAGAGGGUUUAUAGGAUUUAAGGGUAAUCAGGGUAACCCGGGACCAGUAGGAAGACCUGGAGAGUUUGGCCCCCAAGGGCCAAUGGGAUUAACAGGUGUUAAAGGAGCUCGAGGUGAACCUGGGCCAAGAGGAGAUGUUGGACUGAUGGGACCACCAGGAAGACCAGGAGAACCAGGUCAAGCCGGACAACCUGGUAAUAGUGGUUCACCUGGCCCACAAGGUUUACCAGGUAUUAAAGGUGCUACAGGAGACAUAGGAAGAGCAGGAGCAGCAGGUUUACAGGGACUGCCUGGAUUACCUGGACUUGAAGGUCCUAAAGGAGACAGUGGAUCGGAAGGUCCUCCUGGACCCAUAGGUCAAAUAGGUCCUCAAGGCCCUUCAGGAGAUAGAGGCUUACCAGGUCUUCCUGGACCUCCAGGAUCUACAGGACUGAGAGGAAUGAGAGGAGCACCUGGAGAAUCCGGUCCUCCAGGUAAACCAGGAAACGAAGGUCCUCCUGGACCUCAAGGUGUAACAGGACUGAUAGGCCCACCAGGACCUACAGGAGACCAAGGACCAGAGGGUCCACCUGGUAAGCCUGGUCCACCAGGAAUUGCGGGAAGAACUGGAGAUAAAGGACCACAGGGUGCUCCUGGUCAACCAGGGAAUAAUGGACCACCAGGACUGCCGGGACCUCUAGGUUUGAGCGGCCCAUCAGGUGCUACUGGAGAAAGGGGACCACGAGGAGAGCCAGGACCACAGGGAGUAGAGGGACCUCCUGGUGAAAGAGGUAAAACUGGUGCACCAGGCAUAGAAGGGGCUAAAGGAGACCAUGGGGAAAUUGGUCCUAAAGGUGCAAAAGGUCACAGAGGAUUAAUGGGCUUGCAAGGUUUACCUGGAAUCUCAGGUCCUCCAGGAGAAAAAGGUCCACCAGGAGACCACGGCAUGCCUGGCAAAGAAGGGGAAACUGGAUCUAGGGGUCCCCCAGGAAGAGAUGGUAGUCUUGGCCCACAAGGAAUAGCGGGUCCUCCAGGUCCUAGGGGUGAGACUGGCAGUGAGGGAAGACCUGGACCCCCUGGAGCUCCUGGUCCAGCCGGUCCACCUGGCCCACCGGGUGAUGGGAUUGGAUAUGACGCUGCAACCUUAGCAGCUUUCCUUACACAAGGUCAAAAUAAUCAAAAAGGACCAGAUCCUUUAGGUGAUCAACCACCCAGAAUAUUUGGAAAGCAGUUAACUGAAGAAGAAACUAGAGAACUUAUAAAUAAAGCAUAUGAGCAACUGAAAACUUCAUUCGAUAAACUUAAGAAACCGAGUGGACAAAAGAACUCUCCCGGAAAGACUUGUAGGGACAUUGCAGCAGCUUAUCCGGAAUCUCAGAGUGGCCAAUACUGGGUAGAUCCCAAUGAAGGAGAUAUCAGAGACUCAAUCUUAGUCCACUGUGACAUGGAAAGUAAAGCCACCUGCAUCAUGCCUAAACCCGCCAGAUCUCCAGAAAUUCAUUACAGAGGAAAAGAUUCAGAAAUUUGGCUCGGUGAAAUAGAAAGUGGAAUGAAGCUUACCUAUAAGUCUGAUAGCACACAAAUAGGCUUUCUACACUUACUUUCAUCUAAAGCAUCACAAAAUGUCACAUAUCAUUGCAAAAAUUCAGCAGCUUACUUUGACACAACCAAGCAUACCUUUAGGAGGGGACUGAAGUUAAUGAGUUGGAAUGACGUCGAGAUUACGCCUAAGGGGAAACUUAGAUAUGAAGCCAUCAUUGAUGAAUGCAGGUACCGAAGAGAUGCUUGGGCAAUGUCUGUUUUGGCAUAUUCCACCGACAAGCCACAGAGGUUACCCAUCGUAGACAUAGGCAUCAGAGAUGUUGGAGAGUCAAAUCAGACCUUCUGGAUUGAAAUUGGAGCUGUUUGCUUCUCCUAAUAAAAAAAUUAACUACUUAAUUUUUUAAGUAGAGCCAAAUAUCCACUGCCAUAUUCAGUGUUCAAAUAAAUGAAAAAUAAACUUAAUUACGUGUAUAGUAUAAAAUAUGUUACAUUCUUUUUUAUUUUGUUUUUCUAA